AUGGCUUCGAGCAUUCUCCCAUCCAAAUUCGAUGGAGACGAUAUUGUCGCAUGGCUAAGAGAGUUUGAUGCGUGCGCUUUAGCCAAUGGUUGGAAAGACAAGGACAAAAUUAAGAAAUUGCCAGCGUUUCUACGAGGAAGCACAGCUACACAUUUCUAUGCAACCCCUGUCGCUGAAAGAGCUCCAUGCGAUGCCGCAACAAAAAAGCUAGAGCAAGCCCUGUGUCCGCCAGUUGAGAGGGAAAACUAUUUGAAAAAUUUGAAACCCAAAUGCUUUGCACUGGUGAAGAUCCAUCAGUUUACAAGUGGGGGUUGGAACAACUUCUACAAAAAGCCGAGCCCGACCUCGCUGUGGAAGCCAAAUCUGCUCUUUUGUCCCGCCAAUUCAUGCAUGGUCUGCCAAGCUCUAUACGAGGAAAACUUUUGGCUCACAACCCCACACCAACCUUAAGCAAGAUGCUAAGUUUUGUCCAACGUUAUCAAGCGCUCGAAGACGAAGGGGCCACUUCCCAGCAGUUAUAUGCCACAGCAAUCAAGGAAAACGAACCUCCACGACCAAAAGUUAUGUGUUUUCGAUGUGGAAAACAAGGCCACAUGCUCGAGAGUGUCGCAGUUCAAGCCAACGCCAAGACUGUUCCAAAGUGCAAUGCUACGAAUGCGGGAGAUACAGACACUUCGCCCGUGAAUGUGGGAACUAUGCGCCUUUAA